UUAGCCCUUGAUCGGAUGAUUUGUCUUUUAAUUUUAAGGUAGUAAAGCAAAUGCAAAAAAUGUUUUAUGACUAUGUGAGGAAUUACCACCUUGCCAGGGCGGAAAAAAAAUUGGCGAAAAUGGACAAAGUGCCCACUGAGAAAAAAGGCAAGAGUAAAAAAAAUUUGAAAGUCCACUGGGGGCCUGUAGAAGUAAUUGAGUACCCGAAGGAAAGUAAUUGAGAAAAA